AACGACACGCGUGCGUUUUUAUCACACGGUUUCGGCGGUCAAUUAUUAUUUUAUCGAAUCAGGAAAAUAUGUAUAUAUAUAUAUAUAUAUCCGCCAAUUAUCAUCAACGCAUGCCGUAAACGAUAAUAAUACAAACCGAUAAACAUUACCUAAUACCGGGUAUACACGGCCUCCUGGUCCAUUUCUCGUGGUCGUUUAUGUAUGUGUGUUCAAUAUUGUGUAUGUUUUUUGGACGACGGUUUAAGUCGAGGUUUUCCACCGAGCACCGGCACUUGGAAUGCUAUUCAAAAUGGGAUAGAACAUGGUAACGGCCGGAAAACCGUUUAAAAAUCAUAACUCAUCGCCUACCAUGCUCUGUUGCGGCCGCAAGAAGGGUCGUGACCGAGCUCAAGAUCUAUCAUCGACAUCCAGACACCAACAACCACUGCCCGCAGGGACAAAAACGAAAGACGCACUGCCAGUAGUCUUACAAAGUGAUUUUCGAAAAUUAAGCGGAAUUAGUAAAGAAGAUUUUCGUUUGAUCGACACUAUAGAAAAUGAGUACGAUGCAACUACAGCGGCAGCCCUGGACGCGGUGCAACGUAGAGGUGAAAUGGUUGUGCGUAUAUUGGAUCCUAGAAUUCAUCUUACCAAGACUGCAACAGAUGCGGCCAAAAAAUUCCUCAUGCUCCAAGACGGACACCACAUAGUAAAUCUCGUUGAAAUAAUAAAGAGACCCGGUCAAACGCUGGGGUUGUACAUUAGGGAAGGAAACGGAGUAGACCGCCAUGACGGUCUGUUUAUUUCUAGACUGGCUUUAGAGUCGGCGGUUUACAAUAGCGGAUGCAUUCAGGUGGGCGACGAAGUUUUAGCUGUUAAUCUAGUCGACGUUACCCGCAAAGCUGUAGACGAGGUUGUGAUUAUCAUGUCAAUACCAAGACGACUUGUCUUAGCGUUGAGACAAACAAGAGGUGUUCAUAGGAUAACGGGCAACGUUUCACUAGCUUCGGCUAUGCCUAGUCAUCAUCAACCGCCAGUGGUUGUGAUCAAAAAAGAUCUCAGCAGAGAAUCCGAUGAUCAACACGACGAAGACGACGAUGACAUUCACACCAGAUCGUACAUGACAACGGGGAGAGUGCACAGAAGUAAAGACAAUAUUCACGACCAACAACGUCGGAGAGACUCGAGAGGAAGAUCACAGUCGCAGCUAGCUCUGGAUUCUAAUGGUGAUUUUUCAGGAGAUUUAUUUUACAAUUCCAGGCCGCCAGAAUCGAGAAGACAAACGUCUACGCUCGAUCGACGCAAUAACUGGUCAUAUCAACCUCCUCGGCCACCAAUUGUCAACGAACAACCGAAACCACAACAUUUUCAACCGUACGAUAAAGCAUAUCCAAAAACAUUAGAAUCUUUAGCCGAAAAAGUACAUCCCUUCUGUCCGGGUGGGUCGUCGACUGGCAGACGAAUGUCGGCGACGACCUCACAACAACAACAACAACAGCAACAGCGUCGAAACAAUUUACCGAGAUCCGGUUCGGAUCAGUAUCUACCUAAAUCUGAAUACGACUAUGGAAACAGGCCAUACCGGCAAUCGCAAACUCUGAUGAGAUCCGGGCUUAGAAGUAGUGCUGGGGCGGGAUCCAGCUCCAGAUUAAUAUCGCAAUACUCACAAGGAGCUUCGAGAACCUUACCGAGACAUUUAGACUAUGCAUCGGAUACCGAGGCGACGAAAGUAACGUCAACGUCGCCGUAUUAUUACAGAGGAUCUCAACACGUGCCAGGAACUACGAAUUUGUCGAGAUUGGGGAGCGCUACGAUAUCCAGAAGUAAUUCGUUGCGAUCAAAUUCACUGCCGAGAGACAUACGUACACCUCGGACACCGCUGUCGUCCCUGAACACCAGUCUGAGAGGCAGUUUGAGACGUUACAAUACACAAGACAAUCCGAAAAUAUCGUCAUUCUUGAGCGACCACGAAGACAGCGACGGCGGCAACCUCAGUGCGCCCGAAUUCCAAAUGCGGCGGAAAAACCGGAUGGUCAGCUCUCCUAGUGUGUUUACUGCGGACGAGUACAGAGCCUGGAUGAGCCGUGCACCGUCGACUAGUGCUAUCUACGAUCGGAUCCGCAACGUUUGUGAUUCGUCUUUGAAGCAACAAAAAGUGCAACGGUUCACGUUCAGCGCAGAGAACCUACCGGAAAGAACCAGACAUUCGGAGAUCAUGAGCUAUUCGGCGGGAGCCAACUCCGAUCUGCGGCCUUUCAGGGGCCUUGGAUCUCCGGCAUUGCCAUCGGCUACGACCUCGACACUGGACAGACACACCAGAACGUCUUCGCUGAGAAGAAUACGCCAUCUGUUGGAACUCGAAGCCAAACAUCUAGGCCGACGCAGUCCAACGACGACGUCCGAUUUACAAGCCGACAGAGCGAGAGUUUUAGAAAUCAACCCGGCAGAGUUUUUAAAGUAUAAAUUUGAAAAGACUACCGUGGAAAACGCUCCGCCCAUAAGUGGGCUGCUGUGGGUCCAUCUUCUAGCCGGUAGAGGACUAAGAGCUUCCUCGACUGCGGCACUUCCCGGCCAACCGCCCAACGUGUUGGCAACACCACCCGGCACUUCGAGAGAUUUAUACUGUGUAUUGGAAUGCGAUCGCGUGCACAAAGCCAGAACAGUGGUGCGUACCGGCGACCUCGUGUUCGAUUGGGACGAAACAUUCGAACUAGACCUUUUGUCCAACAAGGAAUUGGACUUUUUAAUUUACUCGUGGGACCAGCAGUACAGACAUAAAUUGUGCUACCGAGGUUCAGUGCAUUUAGCGUCGUUGGUCCGAGAUAGUCCCGUACAUCAGUUAGCAUUGAAAGUAGAGCCGAGGGGCACGUUGUAUUUGCGACUCAGGCACACGGAUUCCUAUCAGACUUUUAUCAGGAAAACUUUAAGGACAUCGUCCACGUUGCCGCCCAGAACGAAAACCGCCGGUAUAUUCGGCACCGAUCUCGAAACGGUCGUCACCAGGGAGAGUGGUGCUAUAUCCAGUUCCUUGUCGUCGCUGUCGCAAGCUCCGGCCACCGCGUCCGUACCCGUGGUCGUGAGGAGGUGUAUCGAAGAAAUAGAACGGAGAGGAUUGGAUAUCAUUGGUCUUUACAGACUGUGCGGUUCUGCCUCUAAGAAGCGAAUCCUGCGAGAAGCCUUCGAGCGCAAUCCUAGAAAUGUGGACCUGUCGCCCGACAACGUGCCCGACAUCAAUGUGAUAACAGGGGUUUUGAAAGACUACUUGAGGGAACUGCCCGAACCGCUGUUCACCCGAAGUCUAUACCAGAUGCUUCUCGAUGCGUUAGCGGUUUUACUACCGGACGAUCCGCAAGCCAACGCCAAAUUAAUGUUGUCAAUAUUAGAUUGUCUGCCAAAACUCAAUAGAGCCACUCUGACGUACAUUAUGGAUCAUUUAGCAUUAGUCGUGUCGCAAUCGCCCCGGAAUAAGAUGUCCGCCCAAAACCUAUCAAUAUGUUUAGCCCCUGUGUUGAUGGUGCAAAGCGAACACAAAGAAAAACCAAUUGAUUUCCAACAACCGGUGAACGUGCUUCGGUAUUUGCUAGAGAUUUGGCCCACUAAAUCAGUUCGGGAGUGUUUGCCACCCUCGGUCGUCAACGGCGUUACUCGGCCCCCACCGCUGCCCGCGAAGCCGUCGUGCGUGCCCGCUGUACCGCCAAGGCGAGGCCCGCCGCCCGUCAUAGUGGCGUCGCCGACCACUGACACGGCCACGUCCGACGAAGACGACGGCGGCGACGGUGACAACGAGACGGCGGCGGCGGCGGCGAUCGAGCCACCGCAAAUCCCGGCAAGGUCGAACGCGCACAGGCUGAUCAAAGUGGCGGCCCCGGAGCCCGCGGAAGAAGUGCCGCCGGCGGACACGCCCAGUUCGUCCACGGGCACGGAGGACUCGCAAAGGGACGUGGCCGAGGCGGACGAGGAGAGCUGCGGCGACGAGCAACCGGAACGGAAACCGCGCGGCCUGAUCGACGGCGACAAGCACAACGCCGCCAAGCACAGCAACAGCAAUCAGUAGUCGUUUCGUUAGGCAAACGAAUAAUAAAAUGUAAUAAUACCCUUUGCAAUGGUACGCACUUCUCGACUAAUGUAAAACAAAACGUUUGCCGACUUUCUACCGGAAAGUAUAGCGUAGCCCGUAGGCGUGUUGUACGUUUACGCCGCGCUUAAAACAGCAGAUAGACAGAGCCCCGGUUUCACCAACUAUUAUUAAACACACACUCUUGACAUAAUGUUAGUUAACGAUUCGUUUAAAGUGAACAUCAGGUGAAAUUAAGUAACCACUUCACCACGACGUUGUUAUUAUUAUUGAAUUGUAUUUGUUGAGUUAACAAACUGUUAGUUGACCUAACCUAACCUUACCUACCUAACCUACCUAACCUAACCUUGAUUCCAGCGUUCUCAUUGGUUAUCACGAAAUGUGAUAACUGAUAAGUGAUAAUAUUAUAAUUGUAUAUUUAAAUCUCAAUUAGUAAUUCGAUUUUAACGUGCCAAUUGAAUUUUUAACAAGCUGACUUCGGCUGAUUAACUUAACAAUUGUUUUAACAACGAUUUUCACUAACUUGUUGUAAAAUAUAAUUAACGAUCAGUUAAAUCAUUAACAAAUGUUGGUGAAAUCGGCUGAUGGUCCACCAAGAGGGACAAAAAAGACAAUAAAAAAAAUGUUUAGGCCAAUUCAAAGCUGUGACAAUGUCAACGUACAUUAAAAGAUAAAAGCUGUAAAGAUAUCUGAUCAGAAAUGGGUUAGCAUAAGGUACUCACGUUCUAACAAUUUAUUAAGCUAGAUGACGAUGAAAAAACCCACUCUUUUUUUAUUCUAGGUAAACACAGAUGUCAUAAAUUCACAUUUUUAGAAAAUUAAGUUAUGUAAAACAAUAGAUAUAGUGUACGAAUUUUAGAAUGCACUUGAAAAUUGAAUUUUUUGUACAGAAUUAGAUAAUGCAGUAUGAUACACUAGUUGAACGGGCUUAGCAUAAUAAUAUAUGAAUCAAAUACUGAAAUAGGUACUUAUUCGACAGCGGUAGAAAUUUGGCAAACGUUUCAUUCAAAAAAAAAAAAGCACAAGCGGGCAUAACCUAAUAAUUGUAUACAAUUGCAAAUACUUCAAAUACCCAAUAGUUAACAAUAAUAAUCGAUGUACAAAGAUAAUUGAAGUGACAUUCGUUAAUACAAUAAAAUAUAAACCCUAUGGAAAAAAUAGAAAAAUUAUACCAAACGUUGUAUGUGUUAUUCUAAAAACGAUAUAUAUAUAUAUACAUAUAGAAAUAUAAAUGAGCACUAUUUAGGUUAAAUUAAAAGUAAAUGAAUAGUUUUUUUUUUUAUAGCAAAAAUUAUAAUAUAACUACUAUAUUUAAGUUCUCUGUUUUCACGAAUUUGUCAACACAAAAAAAAAAAAAAAAAUACUGAGCAUUAAACUACAGUUCAGAGUGAAAAAUAAAUGCAAUAAUAUUGGAAAUUCAUCGUUUGUCUAACCACAACAAAUAUACCCCACAAGAUAUCAUUAUAAUAUGUUAAUCAACUAGGUGAAACGUUUGAAGUGAUAAAACUAUAUAUAUAUAUAUAUAUAUAAUAUGCUUAUAAAUUUUAUGUUAGCUAAUUAUUGAACAAUGUAUUUGUUCCUAUGCUCUCUAGAAACAUUAUAUAUAUAUAUAUAUUGCACUUUAAAGAUAUAAAUGACUUGUGUGUACUCUGUUUUGCUGUCUAACAUUUUUGUAACGCCACACCAUUUCUUAGUCUUAGAUUAUAAAUUACAUCAAUCCUACAUAUAUACAUAUAUCUAUACAUACAUAUUAUAAUAAACUGGUGUGGUCAAUUUAUAAUUUAUUGACUCCCAAGUCUUGUUUUUCUUAUUUAGCUAUUAUUAUAUAUUUAUAUAUAUGUUUAUAGAUUUUUAAAUCGAUCCUUGUUGAAAAUACCAAAAUAUUGUUUAUACCUAUUCAUUAAGAAUGUACCUAAAACGUCAAACACUAAUAAUGAUCCCUCUGACGUUAUAAAACAUAUGUUUUUUUUUUUUUAUACCUUAUUCCUAAUUACCAUUAUUAUUUUUUAUUUUACUAACCAUUUUGUUAAUUACUCGGUUUAACAUACCCAUAUGUAUGCUAUACAUAUUAAAAUUUGUUUUAUUUAUAAUUUUAACACGUUAACUAAUAAUGGACUCGUGUCAAUUUAAAUGAAAAAAAAAAAAAAAUAAAAAAAGUAGGAGUUAACAUAAAAUAUUCAAUUAUGUAUUAAAGUAUUGACUAGGUAUGUUCUACUAGAAUUUGCUUUAAGUUAUUAACGUGAUAACUACAAAAAACAAAUUGCUUGUACGUCCUAUAUAGCCUUAAUGUAAUAUUUAAGAAAAUUGGAUCUGAACAAAAACUCAGAUAAAUUACUAAUGAAAUAUCGUUUUAGCUAAUAAUAUUAUAAUAACUAACAACUGUAUAUUGUGUGUGUUACGGUUAGACCGCAUACUAACUUCUACUUGUUUUUUUUUUUUACAUAUGUGAUAGGGUAUUUCCUGUUUUUUAUGUACCUACCUACUUAUACAAUUAAUUUAUCCGUAAAAUUCUAAUUUUUUCAUGCAAACGAAAAUCAACUUACUAAGGGAAAAAUGCAAAAAUAUAUUGUAUACAUUGUGAUCGUUUAAUUUACCAAACUAUCUAUCUAACAAAACAAUAUUAUACGAAUAUAAUUUGUAAAACGCAUCUUUGUACAACUAAAUGAAAAUAUACACUGAUUUUUAAUA